GCCUGCCUGCCUGCCCUGUCUGCCUGCGAGGGAACACGAGAACUCUCCCUAGCGGAGAGCCAGCGCCAGUUCCCGUCUCCGCUCCGGCGAGAUACACACAGGCACGCACGCACUCACACGCACACACGCCACAAGCGCCAGCAAAACAGCAUGCGCUCCCCUUUCUCUCGUGCGUUCCCAGAAAGUAGGAGGGAACUGAGCUUGCCCGAAGCCUCUGCCUGCAAGCCGGGAGGACUAUAGAGAAUGCUUCCAAGUGAACCGAUCGGGAAGCCAGAAAAUCCCUUUGGUGUUAUCUUGCAGCAGAUGCUCUUACAAGAGUGGAUCGUUGCUCUGCAAGCUUGCAGAAGUGAGCUGGGAGAGAUGCAUCAUCGCAAAGGAACUGCACAGACCUUUACUUAUUUGUAAGGAAGCGUAAAAAGGUGAGUGGAAUGAUGGCUAAAGGAGCAGAUAAUGAGACGUGGAACCUUUCAUCUCCAGCCUCACAAUCUCUCAAUAACAACAGACCCAUGGAGAGUCAGGAAACCAGUAAGUGCUUGCUUACAGCCUCUGAAAGUGAAGUUGAUCCAGCAACAUCCCUUGCCUUAGAGAUGAAAUAUGCACUGGAUCCGAACCGGCAGAUCAAGAAAAGAAACAAAGCCCUGCAGGUGAGAUUCAAAGACAUCUGUGAGGCCCAAAACGAGCAGAGGGACAAACAGCUCUCUACGUUACAGCAGAGUGACAAAAAGGAAGCAAAGCCCAUCUCUUACAGAGCAGCUUACCGAAAAUACAUGACAGUGCCUGCCCGGAGAUCAAUCCCUAAUGUUACUAAAAGUACAGGAGUUCAGACUUCGCCUGACCUUAAAAAGUGUUACCAGACUUUCCCUUUAGACCGAAAAAAGGGGAGUAUCAUCAAAAGCAUAGCUUCUGUUGACACUUUUCCAAGUCAAAACAAUGGAUUCCUAAUAGAUGUUAAAGAUAAAGACAGCAAAAUCUCAGGGGAGGUUGCUCAAUGUAGCAAGGAAGUUGCUGGAUUUGUGACAGCUGAGUUUAUUUCACAUACUAAUGAACGCAUGAAUGCAAUACAGCAGCCUUCUAGUGACAACAGUUCAGAGACAUGUAGAAUCACUGAUUUGCACAGCUGUACUAAAGAACCUCCUUCUCUUCAAAACUCAGCAGCUUCUGUUUUAGAAGAGCCUGAUUACCAGCUGCAUGACAAAGCAAAACACCACAGUGGGCCACUGGGGAAUGAGGAGGCUAAUCCAUCCACCCAUGGAAAAGUGUUCAAGACAGAAAUAGCUUCUGUCUAUUUGCCUGCAUCCGGUUCACACAUCUCACAGACUGACCUGCAAAAUUCUGCAGCAGGGAAUGACUGGUCUCUGUGUCCAACCGAGAAGGACAAAAAAAGAACAGUGCAUCUUAAUGGUCUGCAAUCACAUGCUGUAAGUGCAGCUCAGGCCUGUUCAAUGCAGGCACAGUGCCAAACAACUGAAUGUAAUGAACAGACCCUUCAGAUACAUGUUUCACCUAUGGAAGGAAAACAACCUUGUCAGACAGCAGUUGCUGUUAGCGAAGGAUGCCAACAAAUUGUGCCUCACACAGAAGUGGUAGACUUGAAAGCACAGCUACAGAUGAUGGAGAACUUGAUCAGCUCAAGUCAGGAAACCAUAAAGGUCUUGUUGGGUGUUAUUCAGGAGCUGGAAAAAGGAGAAGCUCAUAGGGAAGGAUAUUGUUCCAUGGGGAAAAACCUUAUGUCGAAAUCGGACCUUGACUAUGUAAUGAAAGCUUCUUCUCAUUUGUUGAGACAUGACCCAUUAAAGCUUUCAUAUCGGACUGGUCAAGACACAUCUAACUGUGACACGUGCAGGAACAGUGCAUGCAUAAUCUAUAGUGUGGAAUUAGAUUUUAAGCAGCAAGAAGACAAACUACAGCCAGUUCUGAGAAAACUUCAUCCUAUUGAGGAAACUCAGGUUGCACCUUUGCCUUAUUCCCAGGAGAGUUACUCCUCAACUCCCAAGCAAAAAUCCAAAACUGAAUCAAAAAAGCACGGAAGAUGGAAACUCUGGUUUCUUUAACUAAGUCCGUAAUAUAUGGAAUUUUAAGGCCUUCUUCAAAAAACACAUCCACACAUGAAGUUGUGGAAUUUUUUAAAAAAGGGAUCUUGGUAAUUUGAGCAGGUGACUGUCAGCAAGUGUUAUUCUGACAAUAUUAAAGAAGCAUUCUGUUCUCACCAUAUGUACCAAAAAGGCCUUUGUACCUAUGAACUAACUUUCAGGAGCAAGGCAUCAAAAUCACACCUUGCCAACUUUUUAUUCAGAUUUCACCAGUGUGGGAUGUAAUAGAAUGUAAACAAUCAGGAUAGUCAUUUAUGUUAGCAAGUUAAACUACUCUCACCCCAAGUCCCUUAAACUCACAAUCAUUUUUCUACAUGUUAAUGUAAGACACAUCUGAGUAUAUCAAUCCAAGUAAGUUUUUUUUAAUGGGGGGGGUGAAGGAAAAGAGCAAGCUUUUUGUUUCCAAAGGCCUUCACUGUACAUUUAAUUUUCCAAAUAUGCUAGGCUUUGGUAGUGCCAUUUUCAGCACAUGAUAUACUGAGGAAAGCACAAUAUUUUAAAAUGGUCAGAGACCAUUAAUAAUCUUUACGAUGUGACUAUGUGUAUACUUGCCUUUAUGUGCUGUAGCAUUAAGCCAAGUGACUUCAUCUCAGUGAAAUGCUGGCACCUUUAAUUUAGUGUAAUUUUCAUUGCCACACCUACUGCUCACUUUAUAUAGCAAGCAGCAAAAAGCCACCCAAAGUGAGGACAUGCCUUUAAUCAUUGAAAAGUUGACAGGGUCAAAGCUAGGGGCACUAAGCUGUCUUAGAUAUCAUUUUUAAUCUGUUGGUACCCAACAGCAAAAAUUAUAUAUUCUUGGCACCAUAUCUGGGGAAGGGGGAAAGAAGACAUGGUUAACAUUAAAGGAACAGAUUGUUAGCAGCUGCCACAAUUUAAUACUCUUUUGUAAUUUAGUCUUGAAAACACUAUACACUAUUGACACACUGUGCCAGAAAUUUUAUAAUGUGUUGUGCUUUUUAAAAUUUCACAACAGUCUAACAAUUUUAUUUAGUUGUUCAUUCAAGAAAGAUAUCCAUCCAUCCUAAUCCCCAUUAAGUAUUGACAGAGCAGAACAAUGAAGGAACAUGAUGUACCAACAUACAACUUUAAGAGCAUUGUUUUUAAGAGUAUCAUUUAAAAUUUGCCCUCAAUUUUUAACUUUGGGCAUAAGCCAUCCACUGAUAAGCAUGGGUUGUUAAGAAGUGGGAGUUAAAGGCUUGCUUAAAUCUCCCUCUGAAAACAAUAGGGACCAGGAAGUGCUUGAUUUUAGUUGUGCUGUACACUGAAUUUUUUCCCUUGAUUAAAAUAGGGUCUAUUGAGGAAACAAUAUUCUAUAAUGACCUUCUUUGUAACCUUUAGCAUUAAAUAAGAAUUAUCUAAUUCUUUAUACUUUAAUUUUCAAUAGGGUAUAUAGAUAGUAUGAGGUCUCAAAUUUCAUAUCUUGAACAGGCAUUUUUCAGUAUUUUUCAUUUUUUCCCCAGAAAGGGAAAAGAAAAGAUUUUAUUGGUAGAAUCUCCACCAAAAAGAAAUGCAAAUGUGUGACAUGCUAAAUUCUGCUUACUUCAAUCUCAAUAUCAUUUUUAAUACAGUAUUGCCAAUUUUAUAUGGACUAAAAAACAAGCAAUUUGGCCAUUUUCUGGGGGACAGGAAAAUGUUUUCGUUAAUGACUUCUGAAAAUAUGAUAUGCGAUUGUCAGCUUCAAACACUACUUCCUAUUUAUGCUUUAAUGAAAAACUCACACCUGUUUAGUAAAAUUCCAAGAGGGCUACACAUCAUUGUACAUAAGCAAACAGUAUUCUAAAAUAUUUUUUGGUGAAAGGUUAAGGAUGAGAAAGGCAUUUCUAUGCCAUGAAGGAAAGUGUAAUUGUUUUAUGUUGGUGGGGGUGAGGAAGAGAAUGAAGCUUAAUGUAUUUUAUAAUGUUUUUAAUUAAAGCUCAAAACCCGUUUACAAAAGUUCCCACCAUAAAUAUUUUAGAAUUCAAAAUAUCUCAGAGCAUUAAAUAUAUUAUUUUUAUGAAAACAAAUCCUGAAAUAUAAGCAUAUGUAGAUUAAACUAAGGUAUUUAUUAUGAUACUGCAAACAACAUCUUCCAUUACGUAACAGCUCAGUUCCUAUGGCCAUUUAUGCCUGGUCUGAGCGAGGAUCAUGACCACUACCCUUGAUCCAAAAACGUACAAGUGGGAAGUCUGCAUAUGUAGGGACUUUACUUUUGCUGACACUAUGCCCCAUUCUAUACCGCAAGCUGCAUUUUAAAAUUCCCCCAGGAUGAAAAGGUAGAUUCCAAUCCAAAGCAGGUAGUUACUGUUCGGUGGCUGUAACUAAAGCCCAGCUAUAUAUGUUCACUCUCUCACAGAACAAUACCUUGGGUCAACAGUCCAAGGUGUACAGUCACUAUCUUACAAGUUAUAAAUGUGCUUGCUGAAAACUGCACAUGCAUAUGUAGAUUUUUUCCCCAGUUUUGCUCCAGCAGCCUUGCAAACUGCCCCUUCACCUCACCCAACCCCACAAACACAAAACUGAACUAUGACUUAAAUUCAUUCAAAGGUUGUUAGUUUGAUGAUGGUUAGUUGCAGGAUAAUGCACAACAAAAAGGUGUGCACAUAUCUGAUAUGUCUGUUAAAGAUCUGCUGGUUUACAGCCCUUAACAAGUUUAAUUGUUUUUGUAUCUGGGCCAAAAUAAAUAUUGUAUAGAUCAACUAUACAUAUUUUAAACAUACAGCUUUCGAUAUUCUUAGCAUAUGAUCUGUGUGUUUCAGAAAUAGCCCAUAUUUGGGCUUCCAUUUACAUACAAAUCUACAAAAACAUAUUUUGCUUGUAGCCAAGUAACACACAAGCUACAUUGUACAGGCAUCAAGUUUGAAAAAGAGAUGCUGGAGCUGAAAAACGAAACUAAGUGUUCUAUACAUGAACAGAGUACUUUCCUAAAACGCUUGCAAAUUUUAAUUUUUACAUUUCCUCUUUCAAAAGGUAAAAUACAUAUUCUUGCUCAAAAUUACAUAUUGUGUUAUCGUACCAUACUAUGUAACUUGUAAUAAAAUGUUCUUUGCAAGUGUGUAAAACGUAUCAUAUUGUAUUACAUUUAGGAUCACUCAGGCACAAUUUUGACGUUUAUAAAGGCAAGAUUUAAUUCUUUGAAAUUUGUAGCCGAGUGCAAUAUGUGAUUAAGAUGUGAAAUGAUGAUAGUUCCACUUUAUUGAGAUCUCUUACAAAAACUUGGUAGGACACACAAAAGUAAGUGUAUCUUCAUUCUCCAAUCUGGCAUACUUCAUAAGUUGCUACAGUAUUCAUUAGCAAUAUCAUGUGGUCACAACCAUGUUUACUUAAAAACACACUUCCAUAUCACGCUCUGACUCCAUUUCAAACCAAUAAAUGCUGCAGUAAUUUUAUAUUACUUGCUAUUUUCAUACUAC